AUGUUACGAUCAUUGGACGUUAGCCGCAACCAGCUUGAAAGAAAUCUUCCAAAGUCCUUGAUCAACUGCAAAGCUCUACAACUUAUGAACGUGGAAAGUAACAAAAUCAAGGACAAGUUUCCAUCAUGGUUGGGAUCUCUACCAUCAUUACAUGUUCUCAUCGUCAGAUCAAACGAGUUCUAUGGGCUGUUGUAUGAUCGCGACGUCUCCGUUGGGUUUCAGAGUUUAAGAGUCAUCGAUAUUUCACAAAAUGACUUCACUGGAACUCUCCCAACUCACUAUUUCUCCAACUGGCGUGAAAUGAGAACAUUGACCGAAGAAAAUGACCGGUACAUGCAAGAUUUCGUGAAUUAUUCGACUAUUUAUCACUCGAUGGAAAUAGAACUGCUUCUACUCAACUUGUCUGGUAACGCAUUCACAAGCGAGAUCCCACGAUUCUUGGCAAAUUUGACAAAUCUGGAGACACUAGACCUAUCGUGUAAUAAGUUUACAGGUCAAAUCCCUCAAGAUCUUGGUAAACUCUCCUUUCUGUCAUACAUGAACUUCUCCCAUAACCUUCUCCAAGGUCCAGUACCACGAGGCACACAGUUUCAAAGGCAAAAAUGUUCUUCAUUCUUGGACAACUCUAGACUCUAUGGUCUCGAAGAAAUCUGUGGAGAAUCCCAUGUGUUGAAUCCUACAUCACAGCAACCCGAGGGAUUGUCAGAGUGGGAGGAACAAAUGUUCAACUGGGUAGCAGCUGCAAUAGCUUAUGUCCCUGGUGUAUUCUGCGGAUUGGUGAUCGGACACAUCUUCAUGUCGCACAAUCAUGAGUGGUUCAACGAAAAGUUUGGCCGAAGAAAACUCAGAGUCACCACAACUGGUCGUUAA